CAUCUGCUAGUAAUUUGUAUUUAUCAAAUUCAUCUUCAGUAUGGCUUUAUUUUGAACCUCCUAUUGAUAAAGAUGGUAAAAAAAAAUUCAAAUACAGCCUAUGCACAACAAAAACCAAGUACCUUACUGUAAAUAAUAGUGGUACAUCCAAUCUGUGCAAUCAUUUUAUUAAUGUUCAUAAUAAGAAUAUCCCAGCUCUUAGUUCUGAAGAUUCAAUCAUUGUAAUUUCUCAGUCUGGUGAGCAUUCUCUUAGAGAAGCAUUAGUUGAAUAG